AAAUUAGAUCGCACAGGUGUGAUGUUUGAUAUUUUUGGAGUAUUUCUGUCAGCGCAGGAACGACUGCUGUUCUGACGCGUCGCAACUUGGUCUGACUGCCCUCCAAUGCGUUCAAUCACUAUCAACCUCACCAUGUCCUCUAAACUAUUCCAGCCGACCAAGGUCGGAAAAAUGGCCCUUCAGAACCGCGUCGUCCUCGCGCCUAUGUCGCGCAUGAGAGCAUCGAAGGAGCAUGUACCGCACCUCCCAAUAGUGAAGGACUAUUACGUCCAACGAGCGCACGCGCCAGGAACCCUCCUGGUCACCGAAGCGACGUUCAUCGCAGCUAAGGCCGGGGGAAUGGACCACGCUCCGGGCAUAUGGAGUGACGAACAGAUAGAAGUGUGGAAACAGAUCACGGAUGCUGUCCACGAAAAAGGAUGUUUCAUAUAUUGCCAACUAUGGGCCCUAGGACGGGCAGGAAUACCUGAAAUCCUCGACAGGGAAGGGUUCCCGUAUGUUUCUGCUUCAGACGUUCCGUUGACCGGACGUUCUCGCGCACCACGGCCUCUCACAGUGGAUGAGAUCAAGGAAUACUCUGGGCUAUAUGCGCAGGCGGCGUUGAACGCUGUGAAAGCAGGAUUUGACGGUGUUGAGAUUAACGGAGCGCACGGACACCUCUUGGAUCAAUUUACUCGUGACGGGGCGAAUACUCGAACAGACGAGUACGGAGGGAGCAUCGAGAACAGGAUAAGGUUCCCACUAGAGGUCAUCGACGCUGUCGUGAAGGUUGUGGGUGCGGAGCGGACGGCAUAUAGGAUUAGUCCAUGGAACGGUUACCAAGAUAUGAACAUGAAGGAGCCAAAGCCAACGUUCGCGCACCUUGUACCGCAGAUAAAGUCUCAGCAUCCUGACCUUUCCUACCUCCACAUCGUCGAGCCUCGCUUGUUUGGCAAUUUCGACCGUGAGACGGUCGGACCCGACGAAGAGAACGACUUUAUUCGGGAGAUAUGGGCUCCCAAGACGCUCAUCGCUGCAGGCGGGUACAACAGACAGACUGCCAUGGAAGCUGCCGACAAGACCAACGAGUUGAUUGCAUUUGGAAGACACUUUGUUUCGAACCCCGACCUCGUACUCAGACUGCAAAAAGACAUACCUCUCAACCCGUACAAGAGAGAGUUGUUCUACCUCGCAGACUACCACCCAGAGGGAUAUAUAGACUAUCCGUUCGCUGAAGCAUAGAUCACCUUAUACCUUUUGCCUGCAAGUCGUCGUGACUG